CCGGCGGCACUUCACAAUGGACAGAUAAUAAACGUGGAAAAAUGGAAAUGGUCUAUUUCCGGCUGAAUUUUACCCGCCGGAAAUGUUUUCAGCCGCAAAUACUAACUUUUUUUGUAGUGCCAUUAGCAAUAAUAGAUUUUUCACACCCAAUUCAUUGGCCUCUUUUCCACCCAAUCAAGGUGCUUAAUUUUCCACUAGCAAAGGAAUUGCCUAUUAUUUCCCUUCCGAAAGCCAAAAUAGAAAGAUAAAAAAUAAUUCCCAAGAUGAAAAAUCAAAGCUAAGCUACAGUACGUACUAAAAAUAUCACUGUUCAAUUUUAUUUUCUAAGCAAAGUAAAUGGAAAGGAAGAAACAACGAGAUAAACAGAUGGAUGUUUUUGCUUAACCACCUUGAUCAUAUUAUAUGAGUUAGAAAAAUUUGUCUUAGAUACAUGUAAUUUUUUAUGGAAAUUUGCAUAAAAAUUAAUGAAAUUUGUAUGCAAAUAAUUGGCACAGAUCUAGUACUAUUUCUCUAGGAUAUAUACGAGGCAUGCACCCUUCAUUUGUUUAAACAAAAAAAAGUUUCUGCAUUUUUAUCAGAAAUCUGUAAAUAUUAGUGAGAAUUUGUAUGCUUUGUAUUAGGAACAAAGACUUGCAAUAUUUCUCUACAAAAUAAUGGAUGGAGAUGCUCUCACUGCUCAUAUUGACGAAAAGCUAGACGGCUUGACUUCAAUUAAUGCUGAAGAGCAUUGCAUAUUUAAAGUGCAUGAGCAGUUACUUGAGGUAAAUAAGAAGGCUUAUAAACCCGUGCUGCUUGCCAUCGGUCCUUAUAACGACCAUGGCAAGGUUGGCCAGGGGCUUAUGGAAGAGCAUAAGCUGCGGUAUCUCAAGCAAAUGCUUCAAAGGAGAAGUGAACGUAGUGUGAAAGAAUACAUCAUUGCCUUGAGGGAUUUGGAAGAAAGAGCCCGGAAUUGCUAUGCAGAAUGCAUUAGCAAGACCAAAGAUGAGUUUGUAGAAAUGAUGCUACUUGAUGGUUGUUUCAUCAUUGAGCUGUUCCGCAAAUGGGAGACGCUAGAUCUAAGAGACGAUCAACUUGAUCCAAUCUUUCAACUGGAUUGGAUGCUUCCUAAAAUAGCUCGUGAUCUAUUGCUAUUUGAAAAUCAACUUCCAUUCUUCAUUCUGACUAAAUUGUCCUUGAUGAUUGAGAGUAGCCAAACACCACUUCCCAACCAAUCCGAACAUUUAGGAGAACACACCAUCGAGAUUAAGCAGAAAAAUGAAAUUACUUGUCUUGAAAGCUCAACCUCCAUAGAACAAAGUGUCCAGAUCAGACGAUUUGUUGAUCUUGCCCUUAGUUUUUUCUAUGGCUCAUUACCAUUUCAAUGGAAUGUCAAUGGAUCAAGUUCUUAUUCAAUCAAAGAUACUAAGCAUCUACUUUCUCGGCCGCAUAAAGCUAUCACUCCUCUAGUUGCAAACAUUGUAUAUGAGCAUCUACAGGUUGGAGACAAAUUCAAGAAUGCAAAUUUUAAACAUCUACUUGAUCUGAUACAUACAAUUAUCAGGCUUUCAGUACUUGAUAUGGAACUACACCGUGCCAAAAAAUGUCAAGAGGUUGGAGUCAAAUUCAAGAAAGGAGAGAUAUUUAAAAUUUUGUUUGGCUUGAUAAGUGGAGUUGCAAGUCCUUUACUUGGAAAAAUGGCAAAUAUGAAGCUGGGCUGUAAGAAAAAGUCAAGACGUUAUGCCAUAGAGCUAGAGAAAUCUAAGCUUCCAUAUACAUUUGAAGACUGGAAUUCAGUACCUUAUGGAGCGCAACUUCAAGAAGCUGGUGUCAAAUUCGAGAUGGCAGAGAAAUUUAGGGACAAAUUUGUGGAGAAUUUUGUCUGGAAGUUAACAACACCUGAUGCCAUUGCAUUUCAAGAGGCUGAAAUUGAAUUGGAGAAGGCAAAGGAAUUUUUGGAUCUACCUCGUCGAAAUAGGAAUGAAGAAGACGAGAAAGAACUUUGCCCAAUCACAUCCAAGAUGGUAGAGAAAUUUAUGCGCCUACCUUUUCUGAACAAGAUUGAAAACUGGAAAUCAAUUCCGAACGGCAGAGAGUUUAAAGAGGCUGGAGUCAACUUCAAGAAGGCAAAGAAAUUUAGGGAUACAAAAAAUGUGAUAAAGCCAAUACCUAAUGCAAGAGAGCUUAAAGAGGGUGGGGUCAAAUUCAAGAAGGCAAAGCAACAUACCACGUUUGCCAUACAGUUUAGCAAUGGGGAAUUGGAAAUUUCACCUCUGACAAUAGAAGAUGAAACUGAGACUUUCUUGCGAAAUUUAAUUGCAUAUGAGCAAUAUGAUCCAAACAUGGUUUCAAGUUACGUCAUCGACUAUAUGUGCUUCAUGGAUGAUCUCAUUGACUCUCCAAAGGAUGUCGAAUUACUCCGUCGAAAAGGAAUUAUUGAAAAUCGGUUGGGUAAAGAUGCAGUUGUUUCUACCAUGUUUAACAAGCUUGGUCACCAUGUCGGCUCUUCACCUAGCAACUCCAUUUAUGUUAAAACUUCGAUUGAAAUGAACAAGCACUGCGCCAAACGUUGGAACGUAUGGAUGGCAAAAUUGAGGCACAAUUAUUUCAAUAGUCCUUGGGCUUUACUUUCAGUUUUGGCAGCUAUCUUAUUGCUUGGACUUGCAAUUACACAGACCGUAUUUUCCAUUAUUCAUUAGGUUUUCAUGUAGUGUCUUAAUCUUAUUUUUCUAUUAGUUAAUUUAUUAUAAUGUAGAAUUUAAUAAGAUUUUAGAAAUUAAAUGAGUCAUGUGGGUUCUCACCAAGUCUUAUGUUUGAGCUACAAACCACAUUUCAUUGAAUAAUAAUGAGGAGGACACAUCUACUACAUAUGCUUGAUUCUU